AUGUUUCAUAUCUUGUAUGUUACAGGACAAGUGCUGGAGAACCAGAGUCGGGCUCCUUGGCGUUUGUCAGCUAUAACAGAUUUCUUCUGGUCAAUAGCAGAUUUUGUGGUUCUGUUUUUCCAGAGCAUUAUUCAACCAGAUUUGAGAAGAAGAGGUUACACAUCUUCCUCCUAUUCAGGAUACAAUGACGGAAGAGGGCCUCCGGCACUUCCUCGCCGUAGAAUGGGUCGAAUAAAUCACUGGGGUGGAGGCCCCAGUCCACCACCAAUGGCUGGAGGUGGAUGAGGAAGGUAAACACCUGCUGAAGAGGCAGGCAAAAGACCAUACACAUUUGCAAGAUGAAAGGAAAGAAGAGUUCAAUGGUGGACCAAAUGAGUUUGAAUGCUGUGAAUGUGCAUGGCUAACUGGAAACUGUUCUGCGAUAUAAGCCGAUUAAUGAAGUUGUACUGGGAACUCCUUCAAGGAUCCAGUGUAACUGAACCACAGUUUUAUUAAAUAUAUGUUUACUGUCUUAAGUCUUUGUAUAGUUUCUGAACAUUUUACUGUAGUUGCAAAGUAAUAAGUAAAUUAUAUUUGGCUUGUCACAA